UAAAUUUCAUGACAAUUAAAUUGGUCCCGUUACAAAAAAAAAAAUUGAGAACAUAGUCCCCACUUUCAUGAUUCAUGACUAUACACACCAUUCCCCUAUUAACAAUCCAAUUCUUUAUUUAUGUUGAAGAACGUGAACUUUCUAUUUAUAUUACCUAAGAGUCAGAACCAUAUGAUAAAUUAAUAAUCUCUAUAGACACUAUACAUGUAGCUGUUUAUUGACUCCAAUCUAGAGGCAUUUUUUUAGAUCUAAGUUUUUAAACUAUAGCUAGAGAGUACUCAAAACAUUUUCCAAAUCCAAAAUGGUUUUGAAUAAUGAUAGUGUCAAUCAUCAUCAUUCAUCUGAAAUGUCUUUUAGAAUAACACAAGAUGGUAGGUUUUUUUCUAGACUAAUGUCCAAAGAAACCUCAAAUUCCAACUCAUCUUCAAGGAGAGUGUUCUAUUAUGGUGAAACAUCAGUUGCUGUUCCUUUCAAUUGGGAGGCACAGCCAGGAACUCCUAAACAUCCUUUGUCGGAAACUUCGUUGCCGCCCCUUACACCUCCACCUUCAUAUUCUAGUACUAAUUACAAGUCUAAUGGUAAGAGAAGAAACUCAAAAGUCAACAUGUUUUUAACCAUUUUGCCUAGGCUUGCAUGUUCAAGGAAAUCUCAUGUGUCGCUGUCUUCGUCUUCGUCAUUGUGGUCAUCGUCGUCGUCAUCUUCAUCGUUGUCGUCGUUUUCGACGAGAGAUGGAAGGCUAUCAAGAUCUCCUCACUCUUCAAUAUCUUUGAAGACCAAAUUUUCAAAUGGGUUUAAAGGGUGUUAUCCUUUUGGGAGUAUGAAGAAUGCAACUGUAAGCCAUGGACUUUAAUUAGUUUAAUCUUAAUUCCUUGGUUUUUAAUUAUUUAGAUGCUUUUUACAUCUUGUAGAAAUCUACGAAUUUUUUUGUUUUGUUAAUGUAUUUAAAAUGAUGCUUGUGUUGGACUAAUAGCUAAAUGUGUCAAACAUGCACAAUAUUGAUGUCAUAUUUCUUAUGAUCAA